GGCCGUGCGGUGCGGGCCGAGGGUUUGGCGGUGUGCGCGGCGUUGAACUCUACGGUUUUUUCCCCAGCCAGUCAGCCAAGGUCAGCCCUUAGUCAGCUGAUGCAGAGUCACCGUCUAACCCUGCCGCUAAUACUUUGAGGGGUGGCAGAGGCACGUAGGGCUGGCUGCCAGCAUCCUUUGUGACGCAACAACGCCCUUCUUUCUGCCAGGACAUUGGAGCCCGGCCCUGCACAGGACGUAUACCCCUGGAGGGCGAUGGAGCUGACCUUGGAAAUUUGUGUAGCUUUUGUGUUCCCUCAAUACACAUUUAUAGAGCGCCUGUUCCCUGUCAGGCACCAGAGUAGGUGUUUUGGAGUACCCAGAAGGGAAUGAUUCAACACGUAGGCCCUGUCUUUGGGGCGCUCACAGCCCAGAUGGCUGUGAAUAGUUAGAAAUACCUCUAAUACUGCCUCGCCUAGGUAAGUGCUAUUACAGAGGCACAAAAGGAAGGAGUGAAAUGCCAAUGUGGGGGAGAGAUUGAUUUUUGACUUAGGGGAUUUGGCAAGACAUCUUGGAGGAGGUGGUAUUUGAACCAGGUAGGACUUGGUCAGAUGAAGAAGUUAGAUUUGGUAUAGGAUGAGCAAGGCACAGAAAUUGAAAAUAGGGGGCCUUAUUUAGGGAGGGUGUAACAAAUGGCAUGAUAAGAGCAGAUUAGAAAAGUAUAGCUGGAGAGAUGAUUGGGAGGGCUCAUGUGAGAGCCAUGGCCCCCAGCUUGUGUACCCUGGUUUGAACAGGGUCGCUAUGUGUCGGAGCGGACUCAAUGGCAAUGGGUUUUCUUUUUGGUUUAACCGCUUAUUAGUAGAGUGGCUUCUUAAUCUGUCAGCUCUACUAAUGUCAUUUUUUAUACCUAAGCCCCAAAUCUUGGAAGUAUCUCUGAUUCUUCCUUCUUUCACACCCCACGUUUAAUCUAUGCAUAAAUUAUAACGGGUUCUACCUUCAAAACAUAGCCAGAAUUGACUGCGUCGAAUAAUCUCCAGAGUUUCCACCAGGGCUGGCAGCCUUCUUAUACGUCUCUGGGGGCACCUUUUCACAUUUCACAGGACUUGUGCAGUGCACAGCCUGCAUGGCUGUACAUUAUGGUCCCGGAUUACUGCAGGCUCUUCUAGCUGAUCUCCCUGCUUCUGCCCUUGCCCAUCCUCUUCAGUCUCUUCAUAACCUAGUGAGAGUUAACUUUCUAAAAUGUAAAUCUGAUCAUAGCAUUCCUCUGCUCAGUACGCUCUGAUUCAUUCAAAUAUUAUAUUCCUACUGUUUGCAGAGCACUAUUCUAGGCAUUGAGGAUACAACAGUGAACAAAAAAGACAAAAAUCUCUGCUCUCAAGGAGCUUACAUUCUAGUGGGAGUGAGAACUAACAAAGUAAAUAAGUACAAUACAUAGAAAUUAUAAUGUGGUGAAGUGCCAAGGAGGGGGGAAAAAUGAAAGCGGGGAAGGGGAUAGAAAGUAUCAGGGUGGGGGUGGGACUGAAAUAUUUGCUGGAGUGGCCAGGGGUGUUUUACUGAGGCGGUGACAUUUGAGUAAAGAAGUGAGAGAUUGACCUUGUGGUUAGCCAGGUCCAUCCUGAGUUGGGUGUCUCUCCCUGGUCCAGUCCUCAUGGCCAGGUGGCUGGUCUCACAGUCCAGCUGCAGCUGCACAGGCCAAACCCUCUGGGUGAGGGGCAGGUCUGAAAGGAGGGGGAUCAGGUGAACAGGGAAGACACCCAAAAAGUGGCCACCGCAGAGAGCCUUUGUGACGUGUUACCUGAGGAGAACUGGCUACCACCCAGGUCUAACCUGGUGACUAGUGUCUGCAUUAGCUUUGCCUUUGCCUGACUGAGCUAAAAAGUUAAAUCCUUGGCUUUUAUUGAAGGUUAGCUAUAUGGGAGUCAUCUCCGCAUUUAUGAUCAGAUGGUGCUGAGAACAUUUUCUGCUGUAUCAUGACGCUCUUCUAUAAUGUUUCUAUUUUAUUUUUUCAUUCUUUUUUUGUUGUACUUUUGAUGAAUCUUUACAGAACAAACUAGCUUCUCAGUAAAUAAUCAAUACACGUAUUGUUCCAUGACAUUAGCUACCAACCCCACGACAUGUCAACACCCUCCCUUCUUGACCUUGGGCUCCCAAUCACCAGCUUUCCUGUCCUCUCCUUCCUUCUAGUCCUUGCCCCUGGGCUGGUGUGCCCCGUUAGUCUUGUUUUGUUUUAUGGGCCUGUUUAAUCUUUGGCUGAAAGGUGAACCUCAGGAGUGACUUCAUUACUGAGCUAAAAGGGUGUCCGGGGGCCAUACUCUCAGAGUUUCUCUAGUCUCUGUCUGGCCAGUAAGUCUGGUCUUUUUUUGUGAGUUAGAAUUUUGUCCUACGUUUUUCUCCAGCUCUGUCCAGGACCCUCUAUUGUGAUCCCUGUCAGAGUAGUUGGUGGUGAUAGCUGAGCACCAUCUAGUUGUACUGGACUCAGUCUGGUGGAGGCUGUGACCAAAUGACUGAGUCAUUUGGACUAAUCUUUCCCUUGUGUCUUUAGUUUUCUUCAUUCUCCCUUGCUCCUGAUGGGGUGGAGACCAGUGGAGUAUCCUAUAUGGCUGCUCACAAGCUUUUAAGACCCCAGACGCUACUUACCAAAGUAGAAUGUAGAACUUUUUUUUUUUAUAUAAACUAUGUUAUGCCGACUGAGCUAGAUGUUCCCUGAGACCAUGGUCCCCACAGUCCUCAGCCCAGUAAUUCAGCCCCUCAGGGAAUUUGGGUGUGUCAGUGGAGCUUCCAUGACCUUGCCUUGUACAAGUUGUGCUGGCUUCCCCAGUAUUGUGUACUGUCUUACCCUUCACCAAAGUUACCACGUAUCUAUUGUCUAUUUAGUGUUUUCUCAUCCCCAUCCCUCCCCUCCCUCGUAACCAUCAAAGAUUGUUUCUUUUUGUGUGUAAACCUUUCUCAUACAAUAUUUGUCCUUUUGUGAUGGACUUAUUUCACUCAGCAUAAUGCCCUUGAGAUUCAUCCAUGUUGCGAGAUGCUUUGCAGGUUCGUCAUUGUUCUUUGUUGUUGCAUUAAUAUUCCAUUGGAAACCCUGGUGGCGUAGUGGUUAAGAGCUACACCUGCUAACCAAAAGGUCGGCAGUUCAAAUCCACCAGGCACUCCUUGGAAACUCUAUAGGGCAGUUCUACUCUGUCCUAUAGGGUCGCUAUGAGUCAGAAUCGACUCGACGGCACUGGGUUUGGUUUUUUUUUGGUUUAAUACUCCAUUGUAUGUAUGUACCAUAGUUUAUCCAUUUAUCUGUUGAUGGACAUCUAGGUUGUUUCCAUCUUUUUGCUCUUUUGAACAGUGCUGCAGUGAACAUGGGUGUGCAUAUGUCUAUAUGUGCGAUGGCUCAUAUUUCUCUGCGAUAUAUUCCUAGGAGUGGAAUUGCUGGAUCAUAUGGUAUUUCUAUUUCUAGCUUUCUAAGUAAGUACCAUAUCGUUUUCAAAAAUGGUUGUACCAUUUUGCGUAAGAGUUCCAAUCUCCCUGCAGCCUCUCCAACAUUUGUUAUUUUCUUUUUUUUGAUUCGUGCCAGUAAUGCCGGGGUGAGAGGGUAUCUUAUUGUGGUUUUGAUUUGCAUUUCCCUAAUGGCUAGUGAUCUUGAGCAUUUCCUCAUGUGUGUGUUGGCCACCUGAAUGUGUCCUCUUUGGUGAAGUGUCUGUUCGUUUCCUUUGCCCAUUUUUAAUUGGAUUUUUUGUCUUUUUGUUGUAAAGGUGUUGAAUUUUCCUGUGGAUUUUAGAGAUCAAACUUUUGUUGGAUGUAUCACAGCCAAGAUUUUUUUCCCAGACUGUAGGUUCUUUUUACUGUUUUGGUGAAGUCUUUUGAUGAGCCUAAGUGUUUAAUUUUUAGAAGAUCCCAGUUAUCUAGCUUACCUUCUGGAGUUUAUGUGUUGUUGGCCAUGGUUUGUAUCUUGUUAAUGCCAUGUAUUAGGGUGUCAUGGAUUGAAUUAUGUCCUCCUGAGAACGUGUGUAUGAACUUGAUUAGGCCAUGUGUUGUUCUCGAUUUUGUGAUUUUCCUGUGUUAUAAAUCAUAAUCUCUGCCUGUGGUUAAAAGGAUUAGGGUGGGAUGCAACACUCUUGCUCAUGUCACCUCCCUGUAAAGGGAGUUUCCCUGGGGUGUGGCCUGUGCCACCUUUUAUCUCUCUUGGCUCUCAAGAGCUGAAAGGGAAGCAAGCAGAGAGUGGGGACCUCAUACCACCAAGAAAGCAGCACCGGGAGCAGAGGGCGUCCUUUGGACCUGGAGUCCCUGCACCUGAGAAGGUCCUUGACCAGGGGAAGAUUGAGGACAAGGUCCUUCCUCCAGAGCUGACAGAGAAAAAGCCUUUCCCUGGAGCCCAUGCCCUGAAUUUGGACUUCUAGCCACUUUACCGUGAACAUCCAGUUUUGCCAGCACCAUUCGUUAAAAAGACUGUCUUUUUCUCAUUUGAUGGACUUUGGGCCCUUGUCAAAGAUCAGAGCCUGCCAGGAGGAAGCUGAUCAUUCUACCGGCUGUUGCCACAAUGUUGACUGCCCGCCUCUCCAGACCUCUGUCACAGCUCCCAGGGAAAACCCUGAGUUUCUAUGCUAGAGAAAAUGGAGCAAGACACACGCUACUGUCUUCCUCUACCUCCUUUGCUCCGGUCAGCCGUCGAACUUAUUCCAAUCAGGUGAACCCGGUUGGCAGCAAGGCUGUCCUGAUCACAGGCUGUGACUCUGGAUUUGGGUUCACCUUGGCCAAUCAUCUGCAUUCGCAAGGCUUCCUCGUGUUUGCUGGUUGCUUGCUGAAGCACAAAGGGGACAGUGGGGUCGAGAAGCUGGACAGCUUGAAGAGUGACCGAUUGAGAACCAUCCAACUUGACAUCUGCAAAAGCGAGGAGGUGGAGGAAGCAGUGGAGAUCGUCCGCUCGAGCUUAAAGAACCCUGAGAAAGGGCUGUGGGGCCUGGUGAACAACGCGGGCAUCUCCACAUUUGGGGAGGUGGAGUUCACCAGCGUGGAGACCUACAAGGAUGUGGCAGAAGUGAACCUCUGGGGGACAGUGCGGAUGACAAAGUCCUUUCUCCCCCUCAUCCGAAGGGCCAAAGGUCGCGUUAUCAACAUCAGCAGCAUGCUGGGCCGCAUGGCCAACCCGGCCCGCUCCCCAUACUGCAUCACCAAGUUCGGGGUGGAGGCCUUCUCUGACUGCCUGCGCUACGAGAUGCGGCCGCUGGGCGUGAAGGUCAGUGUGGUGGAACCCGGCAACUUCAUCGCGGGCACCAGCCUCUACAGCCCUGAGCGCAUCCAGGCCAUCGCCAAGAAGAUGUGGGACGAGCUGCCCGAGGUGGUGCGCAAGGACUACGGCAAGAAGUAUUUGGAAGAGAAGAUUGCCAAGAUGGAGAACUACUGCACCAGCGGCUCCACAGACACGACACCUGUCAUCAAAGCUAUCACACACGCCCUCACGGCCAGCACCCCCUACACCCGCUACCACCCCAUGGACUACUACUGGUGGCUGCGGAUGCAGAUCAUGACUCACUUGCCUGCCGCAGUCUCUGACAAGAUCUACGGGUUGUAAAGAGUUUCUCUGUAGCCUCUGUCUCAGAGCGGGGGGGAGGGAGGAGCUCACUAGUCACCUCUUGAUUGCCCGCCUGACCAGUUUGAGCAUUAACCAGAGGGAGUCAUCCAGCCUGACCUAUUUGCAUAGGGAGUGGUUUGAGCCUUCGCAAACAGGGCACGUAGUGAGGGGCCAAACCAAUACCAAACUCACUGCCAUUGAGUCGAUUCCAACUCAUAGUGACCCUGUAGGACAGAGCAGAACUGCCCCGUAGGGUUUCCACGGCUGUAAAUCUUUAUGGAAGCAGACUGCCACAUCUUUCUCCCACGGAGGCUGGUGGGUUUGAACUGCUGACCUUUUCAGUGAGCAGCUGAGCACUUAAUCACUGAGCCAGCAGGGCUUCUUGUAGUGGCGGGCAGGUGCCUCCAAACGUGGUAUAUCUGUGUCUCUGGAGUUUAUUUUAUACAAAGAUCGUUAUGUUAAAAAACAGAACUCAAAUUCCUUAACAUUUUUAAGCCAGAACAUUGGUUCGAAAAAUUUAUCUCAUUUGAUCCUAAGACAGCCUCCUGAAUAAAAAGAUAACUUUUUCUUUUGUACUUGAAUCUGUGGCCCAAAGAGGAGACAUGAAUAACCUUUUUAUAGCUUAUAUGUGGAGCGCCUGGACUUGAAUCCGGGUCUUUUGGGUCCAGGUUUUUCCUGCCACUGCUGUCCAGACACUUCACAUUUUGCAUUCCAGGGUGGCUUUGGAUGCACUUACCCAAGUUGGAUCUGGCUGAACGUGUCCUCUGCUGAGCCACUCACACCAAGUGCCUGCUGUGUACCCUCUUUCUGUGUCCAUGGUGCUGUGGCAGCGGGUGAUUCAAGGCUGACUAUGUGGAGGGGGUGGGACCACCCUGGAGCUUUUCCACUGGGGAUUUUUCUAAUCUCUUUUAGGACUUAGGAUAGACUUGUGCGGAGGUGGUCGUUGCUAAAAGGACAGUUUUUUUCAGGUUUGGGUCUGUUUGGCUUAGCCUGAGGUGGGAUUGAGAGGGUGGCUUCUUGGCAGGAGCCUUGGUGCUAUGACCGGGCACUGUGGCACCUUCUCCCCCAGGAUUGGCUCCCUGUGUGAUGCGCACACUCACACACACAUCUGUUUCUUGAUGGCUGACCUUCCUGCUGUGACCUUAUUUUUAACGAAGAAGUCAGGUCACUCAUAGGUAGAAUCUGUGCCCUCACUUCUUCGGUUCGGGUUUGAAAUGACCCUCUGUGUGAAUGCAAGGGCCUGGGUGUCUGUACUGCAACGAGGCACCUCUGUCCCCAGGUGGCUGCAGGCCUACAAGGUCCUUCCUGAUGGCUGGUCUGGAACUCUCACCUGGACCUGUCCCUCUCCCUGGAGGGGCUCGGCCUGCCACUAGAGGGCACCCUGCCUCCUCCACAGCAGGAGCAAGCUGCCCUGGCUUUCAGCUCUGGAGCUUCCACCCAAGCCGGAGUUUUCUGAGUUCAUGCUCCCCACCAUGGAGACAGGCCCAGACACAAUGAAACAAGACCCCUUAGAAAGUGCUCCUGCUCCUUCUAGCCUUAAACCUGGGGCCUGACGCCAGGAGAAGGCAGAAGAACCCCGGCAGCUGAACGAGUCCUGGGCCUUUGCGCAGUGCCGAGGGGAAGGGGGGGUCUCACGAUGUGCCAAUUAAGUUUGCCUUUGCGGCCUUUCUCCCCUCUGCCUUCAAACAGGGUCUCUCCCUGACAGCGCCGUCUGCAGGGUGAGGCCGAGAGGGCCUGGGGAAGGGGCGGGCAGGCAGGGCUGAAACCUUCCUGGGCCUGGAGAGGGCAGACAGGCAGAGCCAUUGUGUUUACAUCACAAUCAGAUCCUUUUGUACCAGGACCUUUUCAGAACCACAUCUUGACAUCUUGGUGGAUUUUGUUUUCAUGCUUAAUUUUAUUAAACGUAGACGGAUGCAACACUUUGCGUUACACCUGUGCAGAGUGAUACCUGGGAACUAGAGGGAAGGGGAGGUGGUCACUCUGGAUCCGGGUCAGCAGAGAAGCUGCAUCUGCUGGGGUCUCCAGGAGCAGACAGGAGCCUGGGCCAGCCCGCAGGUUGCCCCGAUGUCUCAUUUUUAUCCCGGUGAUUGGAAGUCCAGGACACCUUCCCACCAGAUCACCUCAAUACUCGUUAAAACUCACAAUUUCCAUUCCCUUUCUGUCGGCCCAGAGCCGGCUGAUCUAGUCUGGAUCCUUACAAGAAAGAACUGAAUAGACCAGGGAUGGCUGUUGCCAUUUUGUAGAUCACAUGGCCCCAGGAGCCAAGCAUUCAUUCUUAUUUCAUCCUCACCAGGGCCUGUGAGGCCGGGAGAGGGCCCAGCAGCCCCUGCCAUUUCCAGCUCUGCCACCCGCUGCAAAGUGUCCUUGAGCAAGUCAACAGCCUCACAGGCAAGAAGAAGGAAAGCAUUGCAGCAAAGCCUGGAGCCGGGGGAGGGGUUCCCGCCAGGCUCAGCCUGCACCCAGGACUUUGCCCAGUUCCUCUGUCUCUCAGGGAUCCUGGUCUGGUGCCUCCAGCCAGCACUAACCCCUCUGAUGGCUGGAGGCUGGGAAAUGGCUUUUUGCAAGAUACUCUUGGCAGUGCCUUGUUACCCAGCUUAUGUGCACUCAACAUUUCUCCCAGGGCCAAGAGGCAGCGUGAGCAGGUGACAGGCUGGGCUAGCACUGCCUGACACAAACUGCUAGGGCCGUUCGCAUGACACCCAUGGCAGGGAGUCUGCCAAGGACCCCCCACUUGUGAGGGCUUCACUUGUGUGAACCUCUCUUCCCCAGUGUAGGACAGCCACGAACAGAGGCACCCGCAGCUGAGGGUGAGGGGCGCCAUGCUCAGAGGCUAGAUAACAACCAGGCGCAUGUUUCACAGCCAGUUCGCGCCUCCUCUCACCUGACUCUCACAGCAGCCUGGGAGCUAGGCAGGGUGGGGCUAUGAUCUCCUUUUACAGGUAAGGAAGUCCCUGACAAAGUGAGCCAUAGGGCCAGGUCUCCAAACCAGGUCUAACUUCAGCCCAGAGCUAGUGAGGCAUGAAAAGCAGGGCAGAUGGCACCAGGAUCUAAAAUGAGGGAAAAAUACCUCAAUUGUGUAACCGAAAUCUUUAAGCAAAUGCACAACAACCACAAAGUACUGCCACAUGAGCCAGCUCUUCCUUCCCUUCCCCCUCUGGACUAGGAGAGAAUGUUCUGGAGGAGCCCACCAGCUUCCCUCCAGGAGGUAAUCUCUCUCAGCUAGGCUACACUGCCCUCAUCAGGGCAUUUCUGAGGGGAUACUCUAGGAAUACCAAAGCCCAAACGUUGGGCAGAGGCGGAUUCUGGAAGCUUCCCUCAAAGGGCUCAAGGGUUUAUGAGCAAAGAUCUUGAGAAAUGCAGUGGUUAUUUCUCCUCAGAUGAGGAGAUGGAACUAAGUAAAACAAAACAAAACAGCUCAGAGCAUAAUAAGUCGUUUCUGGUGUGUGCAGGCACUAAGGAAGGGUGAUUAGUGAAUGGCUGCUUCAGAAGUGUGCCGUGAGCACCCAUUGGGCUGCCAGAGGCUUCUAGAACUUUAGAGAAGGAAAAGUGAUCUGCCAUCAUCAAGCCUGACUCCAGCCUCCCAGAUAAUGGGCCACCUAGCCUGGGCUUGAGCCCCUCCAGUGACAGGAGCUCAUUACCUCCUAAGAGGGCGUUUCCUUGACCAGACUAAGCUGAAAUCUGCCACCUCUAAGAACUCCUUUGGUACCUGGCUAUGACCUAGAACUGCACAGAGCAAUUUUAAUCUUCUUAACUAGCCCACCAGCUAUUCGGAAACCACCAAGUCUUCUCAGGCUCAAGAGCCCAAGUCCCUCAGUUGACAAGGUUUCCACACUCUUCACCAUCUGACAAGAUUUCAGCUGUGACUAUCCCAUUCCUCAUUCUUGAUGACACACACCAGGCCAAAUGGCCACCAGAGUUCCCCUCAAACGGCUAAGAACUCUGAGACAGGUUUUAAUGCCCCUGACGAGAUGCAGACAACGCCUCACAUGCCUGUGCUCCCUCAUAACUAACUGUGGGCACGACUCAUCUCUCACCUUAGCCUCAUAAACAGGUUAUAAGUUUGGCAGAGCAAAGACCGUUAUUCCUGUUUCACAGAUAAGGAAGCUGAGCCUCAGAGAGGUGAAAUUACAGAGCCAGAAAGUAGGAGAGCCAAGACAGAAACCCAGGCCUUCUGGCUUCUAUCUCAGGGAUCCUUCCUUUACCUCAAGUUGCCUUGGUCUCCCCAGCAAGGCCCUAGACCUCAUUCAGAGGCUGGCCACAUAGUGUAGUGGUCAGACUUAUGGUCCCCAGAGCAGGGCCAUGUUGGUUCAAAUUCUGACUCCAACAUUGUGUAACUGGGGAAACUUCAGUCCCUGCUUCCUACCUGUAAAAUGAGCACAAUGAUAGUAUCUUCCUCACAGGGUGUCUUAGUUAUCUAGUGCUGCUAUAACAGAAAUACCACAAGUGGAUGGCUUUAACAAAGAGAUAUUUAUUCUCUCACAGUCUAGGAGGCUAGAAGUCCAAAUUCAGGGUGCCAGCUCCAGGGGAAGGCUUUCUCUCUCCUUCGGUUCUGGGGGAAGGUCCUUGUUAUCAAUCUUCCCCUGGUCUAGGAUCUUCUCAGCACAGGGACCCCAGGUUCAAAGGACGCAUUUCCCUUCUGGUUUUUCAUUCUUGGUUGUAGGAGAUCGCCCUGUCUCUCUGCUCCCCUCUCUCUCUCAUAUCUCAAAAGAGACUGACUCAAAAUACAACCUAAUUUUGUAGAUUGAGUCCUACUUCAUUAACAUAACUGCCUCUAAUCCUGCUUCAUGAAUAUCAUACAGGUAGGAUCCACGAUACACAGGGAAAUCACAUCAGAUGACAAAAUGGUGGACAAUCACACAAUACUGGGAAUCAUGGCUUAGCCAAGUUGACACAUAUUUUUGGAGACACAAUUCAACCCAUAACACAGGAUUAUUGUAACGAUAAACGAGUUAAUUCAGGUAAAGAGUUGAGAAGAAUUCCUAGAAUGUGGUAACUCAAAAACUGUCAACAGUGGUUAUUACCACCACUGAGGAGUUGAAUGUCAGGUCUCCAUGUGGCAAAUCCAGCCACUUCUCAGGGGCUCUGUUUUUCUCUACACAAUGUUCAUACCAGGGAAUAAAGCCUUCUUGUCCUGGUGGGGCAGAAGAUCAACAUACAAGGAUGCUGGGAGAAACAGUAUCCUCGCCACCAUGGCUUGUCUCCUUUCCUUCUCAGACACCUGCCUCUUGCGUCUCACCGGAAGCCCCCUCCAAAGCCCAAACUAUUUCCAAGAUGAAGAGGGAGUGGGAUGUUGGGAAAGGAGGUGAUCCUCCUGAGCUGCCUCCAUUUCUCAAUUUAUAGAAUAGGGGAAAUUUGGCUAAGUUAUUCCUAAGAUUCCUUCUAGGUCCAACACUGGGCGCCAUGCUUUUCUGACUGAUAACAGAUCUGUUACAGAGGGUGUCAUGGACUGAAUUAUGUCCCCCCCAAAAUGUAUGUAUCAAUUUGGCUGGGCUGUAUUCUGUGGUUGCCCUCUAUUUUAUAACUGUAAUUUUAUGUUAGAGAAGAUUAGGGUAGAGUUGUAAUUUUAUGUUAAAGAGGAUUGGGGUGGGAUUGUAACACCCUUACCAGGUCACAUGCCUGAUCCAAUGUAAAGGGAGUCUCCCUGGGGUGUGGCCUGUACCACCUUUUAUCUCUCAAGAGAUAAAAGGAAAGGGAAGCAAGCAGAGAGUUGGGGACCACAUACCACCAAGAAAGCAGUGCUGGGAGCAGAGUGUGUCCUUUGGACCUGAGGUUCCCAUGCUGAGAUGCUCCCAGACCAAGGAAAGACUGAUGACAAGGACCUUCCUCCAGAGCUGACAGAGAGAGAAAGCCUUCCCCUGGAGCCGGCGCCCUGAAUUCAGACUUCUAGCCUACUGGACUGUGAGAGAAUAAACUUCUUUUUGUUAAAACUGUCCACCUGUUGUAUUUCUGUUAUAGCAGCACUAAAUGACUAAGACAGAGGGGUUGUGAGGAGGCAAGUGGGUUCUGAAGCCAGAGAAGAGAAGGAGUGAUAAGAGGGUCAGGAGGAUUAAAGUCAACUUUCUUCUAGUCCACAGUUUUGCAGAGAGCAGUGCAGAAAAGGGGGCUCAGCCUUUCCUGUGUCUCACUGCGUGGGUGUCUGUGGUAUCUCCCAGUGGCCUGGACACAGAUGGCGGGCCUAAGGGCAGAGGGAGAAGGAGCAGGGAGGAUUCCAGGGCCAUGGCUGAGGACCACUUGGCCUCAGUGUCAAUGGAAAUGUGCUGGAGGAGAGACAGAGUGCCAGUGAGGACGAGCCCCAGGAGAUGCUGGGUCCUGGAAAUACCUCAUGCUGCCCUCUCAGUGAGCCACACUUAAUUACUCUAUAAAACGUGAGGCUGCCCCCACUAUCUAAUUACAGAUGAGCUUAAUUACAAUGCACUGAGUAGUCACUCUGGGCUCCUACAGAAAUAACAGUGGGCGGGGUGCUCUUCUGGGCUUCAGAUACAGCCACAUCUCAGACAAUGAGAGCAGGCUUAGCGAAUUGCACUGGGCGCUCUUGUACUGGUCCUGCUGGGACUGCUCUCGGCCAGUGGGUGCUCUGCUGGGCCAUCUGAGCAUGCUUUGUUACUGGGUUGUUGGGUCUGCUGGGGCCUGCCUCUCUCUCUCUUCCACUUGAGUUCUGGCCCCAGGUUUUGGCCUGUAGUGUCUGACCGAAGGUGUACAGAGUAGUGCGGCAGUUUCCAUAAGAAGCAAAGAAAGAGCAUCAUGCUGGGUGAGAAAACCCAUGCUUUAUGGAAACUCAAUGGCCCCUUCCAGGACACAGAGUAAGGAGCACUGGUGAGAUCAGUGAAAGUUCUGUGACAUCAUAAAGGGCAUCGUAAACGUCCCUGCAGGCUGGCAGCAUUGACAGGCUGCUGCUCCAAUGGAGGAAACCAGCCAAAGUCUUGUUGUGAGUGGUUAAGAGCUAUGGCUGCUAACCAAAAGGUCGAAAGUUUGAAUCUACCAGGUGCUCCUUGGAAACUCUAUGGGGCAGUUCUACUCUGUCCUAUAGGGUCGCUAUGAGUCAGAAUCAACUGGAUGGCAACGGGUUUGGGUUUUAUUGGUAUGGAAACAGAGGAGCAAAUGCCAAUGAUAAACCAAAUUCCAUUAGGGUUCCCACAUUCAGGGGUGCAGCCCCAUGCUUGAUAGCAUCUCCUCCCUUCUCUCUCUGCCCCAUUUAUUACUCAAGUCCCUUCUCUUCUUUGUACCCUGUGCUAGGAAAUGGAAGUUCAAUGGCAGCCAUCCCACCACCCUCCCAGAGCUUAGAAUCUAACCCGGGAAGGCAGUUACCCUGGUGUGACAGGUGCCAUGACUUUGGGGAGAAAGUGAAAGGUUUUACUCUACCAGAUAUGAAUAAAAAGUCAUUUUCAAUCUAAACAUAACCUCAUUUGUCUUAACCUGAACACUUAACAGCCCCCAGGUGGACAGCAGAUGCCCGGGAUGUGAAUGAUCAGGAGCUUUCCCGACUGGGGAGUCCUGUGACUUUUGGAAUAAUAAAAAGUGGGCAUCCAUUGAAAAGGGUCCCUGGAUGGCACAGUUAAGGGCCCAGCUACUCACUGAAAGGUUGGUGGUUCAAAUCCACCAAGAGGCACCUCGGAAGAAAGGCCUGGUGAUCUACUUCCCA